CCCUUCCACUCCGCCUCAUCAGGAAUCUCCUCUGGCCGGACAACGACCCCCGCCAAGCCGCCACCUACAACAUGACAUCCUCAGAAAAAGAACAAAUCAACCUCCUCCGAGGCUGGCCCAGCCGCGCCUUGCUUCCUCUCCCUCUCAUCCGCGCCGCAGCCGCCACCGUACUCUCCGACCCCACAAUCGCCUACAACGGUCUGCUCUACGGUCCUGAUGAAGGCUACCUCCCCUGUCGCGAAGCCGUAGCCGCAUGGCUGACGACCUUCUACCGGCCCACGCACCGCAUCCCCGCUGACCGAAUUUGCAUCUCGGGUGGCGCAUCGCAGAAUUUGGGCAAUAUUCUCAAUGUCUUCACCGAUCCCGAGUAUACGCGACAUGUCUGGUUCGUCACGCCGGCGUAUAUGCUCGCGUUUCGAAUCUUCGAGGACGCGGGGUUUGCCGGGAAGAUGAGAGCUGUGCCGGAGGAUGAGGAAGGGGUUGAUGUGGAAUAUUUGAGAAGGGAGGUGAGGAGGAGUGAGGAGGUGGCACGGCGGGAAGGGAAUGUGAAGCCCAGGUUUAAGCCGGAGAGGAAGAGGGCAAAGGUGUUUAAGCAUGUGCUGUAUUGCGUGCCGUCGUUUAGUAAUCCUUCGUCGAGGACGAUGAGUCUGACGAGGAGAACGGAGCUGGUGAGGUUGGCGAGGGAGUUUGAUAUGUUGGUUAUGUGUGAUGAUGUCUAUGACAUGCUGCAGUGGCCGGUCGAUGGUGAGGAUCUGGCUGCGAUGGAGACUGCACAUCUGCCUCGUUUGGUUGACAUUGAUCGCGAGAUUGAUGAUGGCGCGGAGAGGGAAGAUGCAGAUGGCUUUGGUAAUGUCGUCUCCAAUGCUACCUUCAGCAAGAUCGCAGGGCCAGGUAUGCGAGUAGGCUGGGCUGAGGGUACUGCAAAGUUCGCGUAUGGUUUGGGCCAAGCCGGCGUCCAACGUUCCGGCGGCGCACCCUGCCAACUCACAUCCAUCUACUUGACUCACCUCCUCACCACUGGCCAACUGCAAAACCACAUCCACACCGUCCUCCGACCUGCCUACGCAUCCCGCUACAAAGCAAUGCUCACCGCCAUUGAAACUCAUCUCCUUCCACUCGGCUUCACUCUUCCUCAACCAGAUCGAGACGUGGCGGGUGGUUACUUCCUCUGGCUGGGCUUGCCGGGCGAUAUGCAAGCCACCGAUCUGACGACCCGGUGUCAAAAAGAGGAGAAUGUGAUCGUCGCGCCGGGUGGACUGUUUCAGACUCCGGGUGAUGAUGCGGUACUUUGUGCUCAGAAUGUGAGGCUCUGUUUCGCGUGGGAGGAUGAAGAAAACUUGAUCGAGGGCGUGAGACGAAUUGGCGAGGUGGCGAGAAGAUUGUCGAAAGGAGAACAGCGGGCGAGUGAGGAGUAUGUGCUUAUCGAUGGAAGCGGCGGGGAUGAGCCUGAGAUGCAAUCAUAUAUGUGA